GGUACGGUACGGGUACCAGUCGUUCUUUAAUGAUUUCUGGAAACUGGCGAGUGGCGAAGAGACAUCAAACUUCCCAAAGACUGCCAGCCCACAGCUCAAAUAAAAAGCCUUCUUGCAAUUUUAAAGACGUGGAUCGGAGUAACAUAUAACAAUGAAGCUUCUUACAGCAGUCCUACUUCUUAUUUUGGUAGCGCUUGAAGGCAGAAUGUCGUACGGUGAUCAAGACAGCCAGGUGUUCGUGGGCAACUUGUCCUAUGGGACGGUGGCAGAGGACCUCCAGGAUCUCUUCGGCCGGUAUGGCUCAGUGACCGGAUGUACCAUUAUCACGGAUAGAGAAACUGGUCGUAGUCGUGGCUUUGGUUUUGUGACAUUUGAGAACAAAAAUGAGGCUCAGAACGCUAUUUCUGACCUAGAUGGUCAAGAGUUUCAUGGAAGAACUAUCAGGGUUAAAAUGGCUACGCAGAGACGUGAUGGUGGUGGCGGCGGCGGCGGCGGCGGUGGCGGCGGUGGCGGUGGUGGUUAUCGUCCCCGUGGUGGGCGUGGUGGAGGUGGAGCUGGUGGUGGCUACAGACAGGGAGGUUAUGGCGGCUACGGUGGUUAUUAGCUGACCGCAUCUCAGCGACAUCAAGAAA